AGGAUGGAAGCAGAGCCGUUGGAAACGGAGCAAGAUGAAUGGCGAAAAGAAAGAAUGCGAGUUUUGGACGAGUGGUGUGAGAUCGAGCUAAAAGGCGCAGACGCUCUCAAAAUGGAUGUAACCCGUGAGCCAGGCUCCCCCACAGUUGCCGUCGCCCCAGAAACUUCUCUUCAAGACCUCUACCCCCUUCUAAUUGCCACGUCAUCGUCCAACGCACCACCAAGUGCCACGCCCACCGAUGACGUCACAGAUCCAGAAGUACAAGUAGUUUCCCGGGAAUCAAUCGAUAAUCGAUCAACAUUCAAUCGGAUAAUUGACGUUUGUCUGUGCAGGCCUGUAAAAUCACAAAUGGGCCCGAAAGCCUAUACGGAUAAAACGCUAAUUUUAAAACUCGCUCAAAUACCCUAUGAUCAUGAAAACGGAACACACUGGCUUCUCCUCUCGGACUACUUUAACAAUGUUUCAAGAUCCCUGAUGACGUCAUCAGAAUACUCUCACGUCACUAAUCCGUCACGUGUUGGCGCGCAUUGGGUUACUGUAGGCUUUCAGUCGGCGACACCGCACACGGAUUUUCGAGGUUGCGGAGUUCUUGGCCUACUUCAAAUGCACACUUUUACGCAGAGAGUACCGGCGAAUUUACUUCGAGCAAUUGUACUUCUUGCCACUACUGAACCGAAUGAUUUCCCACUUGCCGUUGUUUCAAUCAAUAUUACGAGUAUUUUAUUAACACAACUGAAGAAAGGAGCUCUUGAUAACUUUGGCAACGAAAUCGAAGGACUCUAUCCAUUCUUUUCUGCUCUCCAUGCAUCUGCAAUGUGCCGAUUUUGCUCAAUUUAUAAGUCACAAAAGUGUACACUUGCCAACACUCAAACUAUUUUCAGUGAAAUAACCCGCCAACUCGAAAAAUCUCCAUUAUCCCUGAUAAUGCUUCUAAAUCCGACGAAUGACGAGCUCAUCAAUACCCUCCUGUGAUGAUUGAAACUUCCCGAGAAACGAAUCUGUGAAAAAAUCCUUAAAGAUUAUAGCUUUAAAUUACAAUAAAAAUCAACCGUUUUCG